AUGACCAGCAGGAACCGCGAGCCUCGCUCACGCGCCGCAUCUCUCGUUCGCGCCGCGCGUUCUGCCACCAGCUCUCGUGCAUCUACUCCGGGAUCCAUUGAUCUCACUGAUAGUGUGUCUACGACCGGAUCAUCGUCUGGAAGUAGAAAGCGCAAGCACAGAUCAGUCAGCCUGCCAAGGCAGCCCAAAAGAUCGCGGAGGAUUGCUGCUAUACACGCUCCGCACGACGGAUCAGAAAUCGGUACAUUCUCGGCGGGAAACACGCAGGCUCUAUCUGGCGAGGGCCCCGGGGAAGUUGGCUUUGACCUGACAGUCGCGGACGUACUGGAGCAGCCGGAGCAGUACGCCGACGUCGAGACUUUGCCCGACAUUGGGCUGGGGGUCGUUGACAGGCCCCCCUCUCCUUCUGCCAACGCGAAGGGGAAACAGCGCGCCGCUACGCGCUCACCUACACCCGAGCCCAAAGCGGAGCCCGCUUUGCCCGCGCCACCGCCCAAGCAGACGCCCCUCGCCGAGUACACUUGCCCAAUAUGCUUCUUCGCGCCGACCAAUGCGACACUGACUCCCUGCGGCCAUAUCUGCUGUGGGAGCUGUCUGUUUACGGCCGUCAAGACCGCGAUGUUGCGUGCGGCGCAUACGCCGGAAGGAUUGGAGGCAAAGUGCCCCGUCUGCCGUGCCACAAUCCCAGGCUGGGAUGGUCGUGGUGGAGGCGUGAUCGGUCUCAAGUUACGUUCGAAGUCCAGCUUGCCGAGAUGGAUGCCCAUGUUCGCGCAUACCCUUCCCCACAUCUCCUCUGACAUUCCGGGCUCUAUGCGCUCUAUCCCUCCCUUAAGAAAGACGCUCGUCAGGAAGGCCGCCACUGGCUUCACCUGCGCGUACGACAAUACCGAGCACAUGAAUUCCAACACGAUCGGCCUGUUUUCGACGCGCUCGUCCUCUCGCAGCUCCACCGGAUCGGUGCCGCGCGAGCGGGAUGAGCGUGCGCAAGGUCACUCGCGGGGUAUACGGGGCAAGCGCAUCGUGUAUGCUCCACGGCGCAUCCGGCAUUAUCUCCAGCUCCUCCAGCUCCGGCCACGCCUUGCACAUCAGCUCGACCGCGCCGUCGAUGUCCGCGUCGCCGCUCUGCCACCCGAUGGCGGCGCUGGUGAUGUGCGGGAGCGCAAGGAGGGGGAGUGCGCCAGCCAAGCCGGGGACGACGUUGACCUGCCCGCACCGCGACUUUUCUCGGAAUCCCUAGCCAUCGCCUUCACUCGAAAGCCUGAAAAGCCCCUAAUCAAGUCCCGCUCUACCGAAAUCGCGAGCUUGCCACUCACCCUCCCUGCUGGUCCCCCUGCUCAAGAAGAACUGACAAAACGUCAGGUCGCUGCACAUCAAGACGACCACGGGCAAGCCCGUCCGCUUGUUCUAAGCGUUAGCCGUCGCGUCGUCGAGUGCGAGUCAAAGCGACUCGAAAACCCACCCCAAGUCUCGAGAGAAGGGCGCGUGACAUCCACCUCGCCUUCUGCUCAUUACGAGCCCCCUUCUGCUAUCCCUUCCCUCGCUCGUGAAGACCGAAGUGCUCGCUCUCCUCCCCCUCCCUCCUCCACUCGCGAAGGACGAAGGCGGCUAGCGCGUCAACGCAGUCGUUCCAUCGCACCAGAACUGCAGAAACGUCAGCGCGUGAAUGAGAACGCACGCCCCAAGCGCACCAAUUCCCAUCUCAGUGCCCCUCCCUCGCCGUCGCGCACCAUCUCACGGUUUCCCAGGCUUGAGAAUCGCGUUGAAGGUGGCGCGCGUCGUGGAUAG